AUGAAUGAAUUUACACGGGCCGAACAACAAAGAAAAUUAGGCGUAUUACUUUGGCCUGAGUGGCAUUAUGGUGUACUUUUGUUAUAUGGUUGUGAGUUGGCAAUUAAUCAUUUAAGAUUAAGUGAAAAUAUUAAUCUAGGUUUAGCUCAUAAAUUAUUAGAUCAACUAACAACAAGUAAAGAUCCGUAUGAUUUAGAAAACAAUAAUCGUUUACAUUUACAUUGUUGGCAUACUGAUGAAGAAUUUUCAAAAUUUGCAUUUAAAGCUGGAAAAUAUAAUCGUAUACAUCCACGUAAAUUUAUUCAUGAUACAUCAGCAUCUGGUUAUGCAAUGCGAAUGGCAUUGGAAUCUCGUUUAAUGUCAUAUAUUGAUUUGAAAGAAGCACGUAUGAAUGUGAAAAAUUCGUCAAGAUUAUAA